AUGAUGGACAUAACUGGGGCUCCUGUGGCUGAUGGCUGCACAGAUUGGUCUGUGGACUACAAGAAGUAUCAAGUUCUACUGGGGGAACCAGUGCGAGUGAAAUGUGCAUUAUUUUAUGGAUACAUCAGGGCAAACUACACCAUAGCUCAGAGUUCAGGACUUAGCUUGAUGUGGUACAAAAGUAGCGGUCAUGGGGACUUUGAAGAGCCGAUACCAUUUGAUGGAAUUAGAAUGAGCAAAGAAGAGGACUCCAUUUGGUUUCGUCCAACAGAACUGCAGGAUGGUGGAUUGUUUUCCUGUGUACUGAGGAAUACUACAUACUGCAUGAAAGUUUCAAUGUCACUGAUUGUAGCUGAAAAUGAUACAGGCCUUUGCUACAAUGCAAGAAUGAAAUAUUUUGAAAAAGCUGAGCUCAGCAAGAGUAAAGAGAUAUCAUGUCCAGACAUUGAGGAUUUCAUCCUCCCAAACAGUGAGCCUGUUGUGUGGUAUAAGGAGUGCAAGUCAAAGGCUUGGCGACAAUCCGUUGUCCAAAAGGAGGGGACACUUCUAAUCCCUGAGGUAACAGAAGAUGACGUUGGAAAUUACACAUGUGAACUGAAGUUUGGAAAUUUUGUGGUAAGAAGAACUACAGAAUUGGCAGUCACAGCUCCAAUGACAGACAAACCACCCAAGUUCCUCUAUCCUUUAGAAAACAGGUUAAACCCUGUGGAGGCACAGCUUGGCAUCUUUGCCAAUCUCACUUGCAGAGCCUUUUUUGGCUAUGGUGGAGAGGUCAGCCCUGUAAUUUAUUGGAUGAAGGGAGAGAAGUUUAUUGAAGACCUUGAUGAUAACCAUGCCAGAGAAAGCGAUAUAAGAAUUCUCAGGGAGCACCUCGGGGAGAAAGAAGUUUCAAUUUCUCUGCUAAUUGACUCUGUGCAGGAUGGAGACUUGGGGAACUAUUCUUGCUAUGUUGAAAAUGGGAAUGGGCGCAGACAAGCAAGCAUUCUUCUUCAGAAGAGAGAACUGAUGUACACUGUGGAACUUGCGGGUGGAUUGGGGGCUAUCCUUUUGCUGCUGGUCUGUCUGGUGACUGUGUACAAAUGUUAUAAGAUAGAUAUCAUGCUAUUUUAUCGCAAUCAUUUUGGAGCAGAUGAACUAGAUGGAGAGAACAAAGAUUAUGAUGCAUAUCUGUCAUACACCAAAGUUGACCCUGAUCAGUGGGGCCAAGAAACCACAGAGGAAGAACGUUUUGCUCAGGAGAUCUUACCAGAUGUGCUGGAGAAACAUUAUGGGUACAAACUGUUCAACCCUGAUAGGGACUUGAUUCCAACUGGAACAUAUGUUGAAGAUGUGGCACGAUGCAUUGAUCAAAGCAAGAGACUAAUUAUCGUACUGACCCCGAGCUAUGUCAUAAGGCGAGGCUGGAGUAUCUUUGAACUGGAAACCAGACUGCGCAACAUGUUAGUCACGGGUGAAAUAAAGGUGAUACUUAUCGAAUGCAGUGAACUUCGUGGAAUUAUAAACUAUCAGGAGAUUGAGGCCCUCAAACACACAAUCAAACUUCUUACAGUUAUCAAGUGGAAUGGACCUAAAUGCAACAAACUGGAUUCCAAAUUUUGGAAACGUUUACAGUAUGAGAUGCCCUUUAAGAGGAUAGAGCCGAUCUCUAACGAGCAGGUUUUGGAUGCUAGCGAGCAGGGCCCAUUUGGGGAACUGCAGACAGUGUCUGCCAUCUCCAUGGCAGCAGCGACCUCCACCGCUCUGGCCACCGCCCAUCCGGACCUACGCUCCACCUUUCACAACACCUACCACACGCAGAUGCGGCACAAGCAUUAUUAUCGGAGCUACGAGUACGAUGUACCUCCUACUAGUGGCAUCAUGCCCUUUACCUCAUUGGGUAAUCAACACACAUACUGCAACAUCCCCAUGACACUUAUUAAUGGGCAGAGGCCCAACAAUAAAAUAAACAAGGAGCAAACUCCAGAUGAGGUUCACACAAACAGUGCAGUACUACCACUUCUGCCGAGGGAGACCAGUAUGUCCAGUGUCAUUUGGUAA